UUUUACCGCUUCAUCGUCUGCUCGUUGCCUCGUUCAGUAAUUCAUCAUUUACCGCGAAAAUUUCAUGAAAUCUCGGUCCUGCUUUAUUUCCAUGAAACAUAUACUUAACCUACCACCCAUAAUAUCCUUUUCGUUUUAAAUGGCGGAUGAACAAGAAAAAAAACAAGUAUUGCAAUAUUUGCUUUACAAGCCUUUGAUAUCUAGUAAAGAACUGGAGAAAAUUUAUGCCACUGUUUUUAAAAACCAAGCACGAGGAAAUGAAAUCAGAGAUCUUAUAAAAUCCUUGAAUGAUUUGCUCAAGCCUGCCCAGCUUGCUGUCAAAUCAAGGUUGUGCGAAGACAAUAAUGAUGAAUAUUUUGCUCUGAUCAGUUUGAUUGAAAGUGAAGCAGCCAAGCAGACGUCAGAAUUUUCUGCUGCUGAGUUGGACCUAUUCAAGUGGAUCAUGAAAGAAAUCAUUUCAUCGGAAACUGGCUCAGUUUCUUCCACAGACUGUAUUAAUCACAGCGCAGACAUUCCAAAACUUAGCAAAACAGAUGCUCAAAAAACUUUGGAUAAGUUCUUUGCUGCACAGUGGUUAAAGGAGAGAGAGGGAGAAGUAUCAUUUACAGUUAGAACGUUGUUGGAGAUGGAGCCCGUGUUGAAAAAACUAGGCGACGAUCUCGGAGACUGCGUUAUCUGCAACAAACUUGCUGUUAAGAAAUUUGUUUGCCCGGAGACGUCGUGUGGUGCGAAAUUUCAUCGCUAUUGCAUUUCAAAGCUGAAAUUAAAAUGCCCAAAUUGUAACCGAGUAUUGUCCGGUUUGGAUGAUGAAAAUAAUCUCUCCCAGACUUUUGCUUCACAAACCCUAUCGCAAACGCCAUCCGCAUCGUCCAGCGAAGAGCCACGCCGUAGGAGAAGUGGUGUUAGACGAGGAAGAAGUGCUGUGGAGUCUGACAGCGAUUAGGUCAUCAGAACUAGUUGAGCAUUGGUGACUACAGAACAAAAGAAACCACACUUUUCGGGACGAGUCGGGCUGAACUGUUGAGUGAGAAACCCCUUCAGCUGCUGUUGGUCGCCUAUGGUUAUACGGUCCAGCGCCAACAUCAACAGGAGGUGUCCGUGCGGCCUGGGAGGGCAGUUCGUGCCCGCGCUUCUGCCCCAAAGAAAACAAGCCGGUGUGCGGCAGUGACGGUGUCAUCUAUACCAACGAGUGUGACCUGUACCGCCGCAAUUGCGGUCUCGAAGUGGAGACAGUGGACGACAAGAUGUGCACCCGGUCGCGUGGCUCGUACUGCGGUAACAAAUGCAGUUUGGACCGUGACUUGGUCUGCGGCUCUGACGGGCGCACCUAUCUCAACAUCUGCGUUCUCAAAGUGGAGACUUGCAAGCGAGGAAUUCGUCUGUCUCACGUCGGACCGUGCAUGAACUCGACGGCGCUGGAAGAACCUUGUCCGCAGCAGUGCAGUGCAAACGACAAGGACGGACCAAUUUGCGCUUCCAACGGCAAUGUCUACAAGUCAAUCUGCGAAAUGAAACGCCACACCUGCGGACAAGGUGUUGUCAAGACGUCGGAGAAGUUCUGCCAGACGACCAGUCACUGCAAGGAGAUUUGCUGGAAGGCAUCCAAAGCCGUCUGUGGCUCUGAUGGCCAUAUCUACGCCAGUAGCUGUCAGAUGAAAGUCAAAAACUGCGGGCGUCACGUUUUCGAGAUCCCCAUCAGCAACUGCAUCCCGCAAGAGCGCGCCAUUACCAACUGCCCGGCAGAGUGCGACAGCGCCGAACCACAAGAGGUUUGCGGUUCCGAUGGCAAUAUUUACGGCAGCCCGUGCGAGCUACGCAUGCUCAACUGUGGACCGAACAGCGACAAAGUGAUUGCCGUGGAUUGGCUACGCUGCUCGGGCAAAGCGGCUCGCUGCUCCCAACUCACCUGCCCAGAUGACCUAGAGAACCCCGACUAUGUUUGCGGUAAUGACGGCCGCACCUACCCUUCCCCUUGCCACCUCAGGAUGGCUUCGUGCACUCGGGGUACCGAAUUGGCUCAUGUCGGCGCCUGCAUGAAGAUUACCCCCGAUAACUCUUGCCCGGAAUCGUGCCCUGACCAGCGGGAGUCUGACCAGCCGGUCUGUGGCUCCGACGGCAAUGUCUACAGGACUCAAUGCGAAAUGAAGAAGCAAACGUGUGGACAGCACGUCAUCCCUGUGGCGCUGCACCACUGCACGGCCACCGAGUCGUGCAACACCCAGUGCGACCGAAAGGUUCAGUCCGUUUGCGGCAGUGACGGCAAGAUUUACCGCAAUCUCUGCGAGAUGCGCGGCAAGAACUGCGGGAAAUACGUGUACGAGGUGCCAAUGGCUCGCUGUUUGGCGCUGGCAGGCUUCCGCUUCACUGGAUGCAACCGCAUUUGCCCCUCCGAAUACGAUCCCGUUUGCGGGACGGACCGUAAGACCUAUUCCAACGAAUGUUUCCUGCAGUUGGAGAACUGUCGUUCCCGAUCGUUAGUCAUCAAAAAGUACCACGGCAAGUGCGGAGAGCCCGUCGCCGAGCCUAAAGCUUACAUCUACUAAACAGAUUCACCAAGGACGGACUGUGAGGAGACUAUAAGAUAAGAGGAGCUUUCCUUUAAACCCGAUCGCCAUCGCGCCUUUACACCAUCAUCAUCCUCUCCCCCAACCCUUAUUUCAUUUUUGUUUUUGGUUGUUUUAUUUGUUAAGCGUUUCGGUUUAUCGUUAAAUUUUUUGUUCAGGACUUGCAGCAAUCGCGCGAUUGUUUGUUGCUGACGUUCUAUUUACCCAUCAAAGAUUGAUAUUACGGCUCUCUAUUUAAAAAUUUCAUUGACUGAAUUGAUUGAUCGAACGACGCGUUUUUUAAAAUUACAAUUUGAUUACGGUAGUAUUUAAAUCGUUAUAUAAUUUCUGCCAAAUUUUCAGCGCGAUAUUCAUCAAAUAUUAUUCUAUUAAACAAAAAAGCAAGUAGCAAUUCAACAUAAUUCUUUGACGGCUAUCCGCUUCAGUGUCUGAGAUCUUUUUUCCCCGUUUUUUUUUUUUUUGUUAUCAUUUCCUCAUUAUAAUAUUUAGCCCGAAGAUGAAGAAUGUAAUGUGCAGUUAUCAAGUGUUUCGAUUUAUACCACCACACUCUUUUCUUCCUACUCGCUAAACAAUAAGCUGUUGAUUACUUUUUUUUUGUUGGUGGGAGGUCCGCGAACUGAACACGCCUGUUUUGUUUUUAUUGUUUCGUCUUUUGUUCUGCUCUUUUUGUUUUGUUUCUUUUUUUAAGAGGCGGUUAUGUGUAACCAACAAGAACAACAACAAAAAAUAAUGAAUGUUGAGCAAUAAAAUACUCGAAGCCCGA